AUGAACUCCUCGGACGAAACACCACUUCCUCUAUUCGAAAGGUUUAGAGACGCACAUAUUACCAAUCUUAUUGGACUCAUGGACGAUGUGAUGACCAGCAUGGGAGACCUUGACCGUUCGCUCGAGACUGCUGUGGCCAUCAGUAAAGAAUUCACGUAUCUACAAAGUAUCUGGGGAGCGCUGACGAACAGCAACAGCCAGCACAAUCUGACCAACCAGACACAAGCACCACAAGUUUUCAUUUCGAAGGGAGAAUGA